GUGUAUUUUUUUGGUUUUGCUCAUGUUAUAAACUGCUGACUUGCAGCUUUGCAAUGUUGGCCUGCUGCUUCAUGAUUUUAACAUUCCUGGAUGUGUCGACCUAUCCCGGGAUAGCGGAACAGCCCAAGGUCCUGAUGGUGGCGGGCACCAUCGUGGUGAUCGGUCACCCACAAGCAGAGAUGACUGUCAAGUGCAGCGAUAAUGGCAAUGCAACCGGUGUGGUGGUGUACUGGCACACCCCCUUUGGACCUCUUUUCACACCUGGCCUCCACACCAAACAAGACCCGGUCCACAUGAGCCAGGAUGGCAGCCUGGUGGUCCACGAUCUGAGUGACCUCCACCAGGGUUUGUACUAUUGCCUGCUGCAGCAUGAUGACGGGGGGUCGGAGCUGUUCCCCUACCAGCUACACAUGCACACGCAAGAUGGUGGACGUGGCUCAAGGUUUAGGAGGGGGCUGGAGAAACAGGAUGCGGUUUCUGACGAGCUCUUUACGGGAGCCGUGACGAUGGCUGUGCUGCUCACCUUCAUAUUCGGGUUCAGUGCAGGAGCUCUGAGCAGGACAAACAUUCUCAGAUGUAUGAAGGCCGUCACUAAGCGUCUACCAUCAGCACGGCAGCAUACACCUGACAUCACCAUGACACCACUCACCAGCUGGCCUUCAUCGCCCUCCUCACCAUCGUCACUGUUAUCGCUGUCAUCUCCACCUGCCAAACCUCAGAGAAGUUUCCGGGACAAACAGGGCCAGGACGGGAAGGAGGUGGGCAAUCUCCGCACCACCUACCUGGAGGCCUGCAACCACGUGGAUGACAGGGAAGGAAGAAGAGCAUCUGGUGGAGGAAUUGUGGAUGAGAAGAGGAGGAGAUGCAAAAAGGAACAGGAGGAGAAUGUGCAGGAAGAUGGAUCUUAUAAUGGGAUGAUGGAAAAAGGUGAGAGAGGAGAAGGGGAUGAUGAAAAUGGAGGAGGGAAGAAAAAUGAAGAUGACAGAAAAAACAGAAAUGAUGAAGAUGUAACCAGUCAGUCUUCACAGUCAGAGAAUGCUGAUCAAAAUCGGGAAGAAGAAUCAUCUUCUCCACAUCGUCCAAGUCGGGUCAUCCGUGUCUAUCAGUACGACCAAGAUGGCCUCCGUUACGGCCACCUCUCUGACCCUGACCCAAACCCUUUACCCAAACUUAAGCAGCGCUCAGUCUCCCUAACCCACCUCAACGCCAUCAUGGCCGCCGCUUCAUCGGGACCCAUGGACGCCACCCCGCAAAAGAUGCUCUUUGAUGGACAGUUUUGAAUCGGGUCAUCGUGGCCAGGUGACAGACAGCAGGAGCUUCCACUGAUCCAAUUUAGAGCCACUUAUUUUUACUUGUGUUCCCCUUUUGGUCCACUUAUGACCCUUUUGUCAUCCACUUUUGAUUCACCCUUUCAUCCAUUUGUAGUCCUUAUGUGAUUCACUUGUGAUCCACUUAUAUUCCACUUUAGGUCCACUUAUCAUCAAUAAGCAGUCUGCUUCACUUACAAUCUAUGUGUAAAUCACCUUU